CCCGCGGCCGCCUGGGGCUCACAAGUCACAACCGCCCAACGAGCCCCGCGACCGCAGACACCAACCGCUGCCGCCGCCGCCGCCGCCUCCGAGCUGCCGCCGCCGAAGGUCGAUGUAUAUAGUCAUCCAUUUCUUUGGCAACCGGAUCAUUCGUUAAGAAUGGGAGAAGCUGGGACUGAAGCCCAGCAUGCCGAGAUGCUGCCCACCAGCAGGGACUGGUCUGCGCUGCCCCUGGACGUCCUCUUGAUGGUUUUCACAAAACUCCGUGCCAUCGACGUCCUCAUGGGUUUGGGCAUCGUGUGCUGCUCGUGGCUGGAGGCGGCCAAGGUGCCAUGUGUGUGGCGAUCUUUGGACAUGGCGAACCACAGGGCGCUGGGAAAGAUGGAUGACCAUGUCCAGUGCGCAAUGGCGAAGGUGGCCGUGGACCGCUCCAAGGGGCAGCUGGAGGUGUUCUUGGGGAGCCUUUUUGUCACUGAUGAGCUUCUCAAGUACAUAGGGGACAGCUCAGCAUCUCUGAGGAGACUCGGCCUCCGAAGAUGCCACAAAGUCUCUAACAAAGGUUUCACCGAUUUGAUUACCAAGUCCCCUCUGUUAGAGGAUCUCUCGCUUGAGUUCUGUCGAGGAAUCUGCGGUUGUGACAUCUAUGAGAUUACAGGAAAAGCAUGCCCUCAGCUGAAGCAUUUCAGCCUGCGCCAUGAGCGCUUCAGGUUCAAUUUCAACUACUCUGUGCGUGACAAUGAAGCACGGGGGAUAGAGGCGAUGCAUGAACUCCGAAGCCUCAGCCUCGUUGGCAGCGACGUGAACAACAGGGGGCUGAAAGGCAUCAUUGAUGCCUGCCCACACCUGGAGACUCUCUUCCUUCGCGACUGCUUCAUCUUCCAUGUUUAUGAUGACAGUGCCCUGCAGGACAAGUGUGCCAGGAUCAAGACAUUCACGCUUCUUCAGUAGAGGGUGAUCUGACUACAAUUGGAGAUUUGGGAGGGGCACCAAAUAGAUGGAUUCUAUAACAGUAUGAAUGACUGGCAAUCCCUCAACGCCAGUAACCUUGGAGGGUAAUAUGAAUAUAUGAUGAUAAUUGUGCAGUGCCCAACUGUGCCUGCUGCAAAAGGGAAGUAGAGAAGUCUACUGAAGAAAACUGUACUACUAGAUUAGCAUCAAAUGGCUUUGGACUGACUAAAUUCUUUUUACUUUUCAGUAAUUUGUAAACUGUAUUUGGAUAAAUCUUCCAACAGAGACCAUGUAGGGUGGGUGCUUAUAUACCUAUCUGGUACGAAUGAAGUAGAGGAUCCUGUGAAAAAUCUGUUUAUAGGCAAUGCAAAUGGAUCAUGGGCCGAAUUUAGAUUUA